AAACAGAGCAUUAGCGAUAGCCUCGGCUAGGCUAGCUAAACUGGAGAUUUAUCAGCCUGUGAACCGGAUCAUAGUGAAAGUAGAAGGCAGAGGCGAGGCGAAAAACAUGUCGGCGGGGCUGAAAAGGGAAUAAACGGGCCGGCGGAGGACGGAGGGGGGCGAGAGGCGGCUGUUUGGACGUGUUUUCGGCUGGACUUCGCUCUCUUACCGGCUGCAGCCGCCUCCCAUAGCCGAGGCCUGUGUGUGGAAGCGGUGGGUUUGAGGAGGGUGAAGCAACUUUUACUGUGAGGAUUAAUUCAGUUUUCAGAGUGAAGCAGCCACACCCUCCAGAGCUUCCUGAUACCAAGAUGUUCUACUAGGUUAAAAAGCUGGGAUAUAAAAAGCCCAGGCUGUCUGCAGGUACACCACAGAGGUUCCUCUACUGGAGCAGAGCUCAGAGAGCAGAGGAAGAAAUGUCCAGCACGAGCAAAGCCUCUUCCUGCUUUCUGCUCUGGGCGAGGAUGGUGGUGUUCCCUGCUUCUGGCUGAGGACGGCCUAUGGGACGGUAGAUAUGCCUAGUAAGGAACUGAGCCUUCACAAGCGGCUGGUCUACAUCACGGGUUCGUGUGCGAAGAAGAAGAAGAGGUUGAAGAAGGUUGAAGUCGAGGGAGGUGAGGAAGGGAGGUGCGGCCGGUAGCUGGAGCUCUUUCCCAGUCUCGUCUUUUGGAGCUCUCAUGGGAUGAUGGUGCUGAAGCAGGCGAGACAUACCAUGCAGGCUGAUCCAAACUGCCCCUGGAGCUUCUUCUGCAAUAAAACAGGAAUGACACUCGCCCCUGCUUCGGACGGGUGGGUUACACUGGACGGGUCGUUUGAGCUCAGUUGUAUAUCGGAUCUACAUCCUGCAACCACCACAAGAAGGGCGGCAGGAACUUCAAGCGGCACCUGGUUCUUCAAGCUUGGCACGGUUUAAGUUCCACUUAACAAUGGACGCUAGAGUGUAAUUGGAUGUGUGUUAUCAUCUUGCACUUUGCACCCUUGAUUCUGGGCUCUUCUCUGGCACUGCAGCAAGUGGUUUUGUUUUAAACGGAGCAUAUUGUCUUAUUAUGUUUGAUUUUUUUUAUGUCAUUGUUGGACCAAGAUUGACCAACCUGUGAAACUGUCUAGGUUUAGGUUUAGAUUUAACCUGAUCCACAUGACCAUGACCAUGUGAUUUCGUGUUAGUGCACCUGUACAGUACAGUACAGUACAGUUCAGUUCACGUUAAGAUACUGAGCAACUCAGAGUAAUUUAAUUUACUGAAGGGAUUUUGUUAUUUUUUUCAUUUUGACCUCAAAAAUUUGUUAAAACUUUUUAUUUAGCGUUUACUAAAAGAAAUCCAUGUUGUGUACCUUCCCCAAAGUGAAAUCCCACAGUGGACAUUAUAUUAUAUUUUCUGAAGGAUUGAUUAUACAGAAGACUUUCUUUCAAGGCCAGUUUCGAGUUGUUUUUCUCACAGAAGGUGUGGAAUUAUUUCUCGCUGAAGAAAAAAUACCCUCGUGUAAACCUUGUGUAAGUUAUGAGUUUAUACUAUGGAACGUGUGGCGUGAUCUAUAUUUUAUACGACAAAGAAAAUUCGAGACUGUAGCUCGACCACCCUACUAUGGCUAGUAGUGGCUCGGGGAAGUCAGAUACUGAGGUUUCCUCCAACAUCCUGAGUGGCAGCUUGCAGCAAAGGAAAAGACUCUCCUCCAUUUGUGACUCGUGCAAGGCCAAGAUGCAGCUGGUGGCCGACCUGCUUCUUCUGUCCAGCGAGACCCGGCCGGUGGUGACCGCCGACGGCCAGCAGGUAGCAGAGACUUUUGACAAGUGCCGGGACACUGUGAUCGCCAGGACGAAGGAGCUGUCCAUCAUCACUCACGACAUCCAGAGCCAACUCAACAUGGGCAAGUUCGUAGAGGUCGGAGACCGGCUGGUGGAGAUGGGCGAUCUGGUGGUGUCUCUGACCGAGUUCUCAGCCCAUGCAGCGUACCUGGCAGCUGUGGAUACCUCUGGCUCGCAGUCGGCGGUGCCUGGCCUGGUAGACCGCUAUAAAGUGACCCGCUGCCGGCACGAGGUGGAGCAGACUUGCAGCGUCCUCCGGCUGACGCCGCUGGCUGACCUGACCCCGCAGCUUCUCCUGGAGGUGUCUCAGAACAUCCUGAGGAACCUCACCACCCUCACGGAUGCUUCUUCUCUGGCCAGUGAAAAAUCCAAGGACCGAUUUGCCAAGGAGCAGUUUAAAGCCAGCGUUAAGUGCAUGAGCACCAGCGCAACGGCCUUGCUAGCCUGCGUGAGAGAGGUAAAGACCUGCCCAAGCGAGCUGUCGCGGAACCGCUGCGUCCUUUUCAGUGGGCCGCUGGUGCAGGCAGUCCACGCGCUGGUGGGAUUUGCGACGGAGCCGCAGUUCCUGGGCAAGCCGGCCACCCUCAGCCCGGAAGGCAAGGCCGUGCAGACAGCUGUGCUGGGGGGCGCCAUGAGCGUAGUCUCGGCCUGCGUCCUCCUCACUCAAGGCCUCAGGGAUAUAUCCCAGCACCCCGAAAACAGUGCCCAAAUGCCGGGGUACCGGGAGCGCCUACGGAACUCGGCCUGCGCCGUCUCGGAUGGCUGCACGCUGCUUUCGCAAGCGCUAAGGGAACGGUCCUCACCUAGAACUCUACCGCCAGUCAACUCUCAUUCUGUGAAUUAAUGGAUAGUAGCCCUUUUUAUUGUUAUUAUUUUUUUAACAUACCAAAGAGACUAAUCAGGUUUAAUCAGUACACCCGUAUUGUGUGAUCCUUUCGAGUGAAUGUAGGGGGGAUAUGUUUGAAAUUAGCCUGUCAUUAGCCUGUCUCUAAGAGUUAGGCUGUCUUUUUUUUUUUUGUAUUUCAACUGAGUUUGCGAGGAGAUGGCAGGUUUUUCUUGCGCUGGAAGUAAUAAAAACCCUAGCCUGAAACUGACAGACACCAUUUCUCAAACUCGUGUUCGUAAAAUAAUGUAAAAUUAUUACAGAAAAGAAAAAAGAGAAUCCCCCAGAAUUAACGACAACUAGCAGAAAAGUUUACCUCAGUCUUUGGUUUGUUUAGGCGUAUGAAAGCAGCAGAUGGAGUGAUGAUGGUUGUAGCUUUUGACGCGUGUGAUGGAUGUCAGUGUGAAUUUUUUUUCUGAUGGGUUAAAGCUGCUGUGAGUGCGUGCCAUAGGUUUUACACUAUUUACCAGACUUACAAUAGCAUUUUAUUGUUUUUCUUUUGAUCAUGCAUGUACUGGAGUAUUUAUUUCAACUUAUUAAAAGUGUUGUUUCUCAUA